CAGUUUAAAGCCAUUAUUAUGGAAGCCAAGCUGGAGGAAACUUACCGUAUUGCCCAGGCCCUGACAUUGUUUGUGUUUAAUGACACGGCCUACAAUCUCAUGCCUUCCUAUAAAAAGUUAACUUUGUAUGACAAAACUACACCCAAUAACCUUGGCGCCAAAGAGUAUGUCAACUCUUUUACACGUAAGUGCAGCCAAAAUCUUCCCUUCUAUUAAUUUUAAAGAUAUAUUCUUGUAUUCAAUUCUUUAAUUAUUUUUUUUGCACAAAAUCUUGUAACAUUUAAUAUAAAUAAACAUUAGACCUAACAUUACCUUUAAAUUAUCAUCAAUUGCAUUUUAUUAUUGAACUAACGAUAAAAAAGUAAUUGUUGUCUACAAACUAAGAUAUAUAUGUUUUGAAUUUGAAUAGGGGUGUAAUGCUUACUCUAAAGAUAAUCGCGCUUCACAAGGUUGUCUCGCGUACCAACAUUUUAUUUUAACUGAUGAAGACGGCUUCUAAAGAAGAAAUAACUGUGCAUUCUUAUAAUGCAGCACUGCUUUAAAGUUCUAUAUAUAUGUUUCUCUCCCUCUCUAUAUAUAUCUAUCUAUCUUUCUCUCUUUCUACGUCCCUCUUUUCUUCUUUUUUUUUUGUUCUAAAAGGGAUUAUAGUAGUGGGGCAUUAAUUUAAUAAUCUCUUAAAUUUUUUUUUGUUUCUCUACCCUUUCCUCUCUCUCUCUUUCUCUUUCACUGUCUACCCUUCUCUUUCCUCUCCCUCUUCUAUCUCCACUCUCCAUCUCCCCUCUUUCCCACUCUCUCUUUCUCUCCACUCUCUCCUCCCCCCUUUCUCUCUACCUUUUCCCUCUCCCUCACUCCCUCUCUUCCUCUCCCGCUCUCUUACUCUCUCUCUCUCUCUCUUAUUUUAAAAGUGACUGAAGUGUGUGGCAUUGAUGUAAUGAUCUCUUGAAUUUUUGUCUUACAUGGAUAAAAAGAUAUGUAAAUAAUUGAAUGCUUAAAAAAUGUUUCAAUAAAUUUCUAUUAUCCAGUAACUGAGGCUGUAGAGACAGGAUCUUUCAGCCCUGACACUCCUGUUAGAACUUACUCUGUGAAGAAUAGAAAAGUGUUUCUUAAUAAAAGAGAGCUCCGUAUUGGGGUAUGUGUACAUUUUCAUUUUAAUUAUUGUCUUGAUUUUAACCUUUCAGAAUUUUAAAGCCAAUUCGAUCAUAACUUUUUUUUUCAUUUUUUAAAGUGUAGUAUCAGAAUGAUUGAAAAACAUCACAUUCAAAGCAUUGAUAUUUUCUGCCCUUAACUAACAUUUUCUUUCUAUAGUUUGUAGUUUAGCUCAAAACUUUAUUCUUUCUGAACCAAAACGUCAGCUUAAUUGAUUGUAUCUCCGUAAUGUUGUGUCUUUCAUACAAUUUUGAUUUCUUUAGAAUGUUGCAAGUGGUUUACCUGGCCCUACCAGAUACUUUUGUAAUGGCGCCUUGGUGAUAAGACCAAAUAUACAAGCCGGCCAACAUCUAAUCCAUGUUAUAGAUCAGGUUCUGGAUAUGCCCUUGGAACAGAAUGCUAUUGCUUAUGUAACCGGAAACAAUCAACCUGGAUCAUCGUAAGCCUUUGUUGUUGUUUUUUUUUUUUUUGGUUCUUUUUUUGAUUAUGCAGUUCGUUUAAUUGUUUUGUUUGAUUAGAGCUUUAUAAAUAUUUGUUUAUUUAUUAAUUUAUAUAAAUUAAUCCUGCUAAACUGUAUCGUAAGCCUUUGUUGUUGUUUUUUUUUUUUUUUUGGUUCUUUUUUUGAUUAUGCAGUUCGUUUAAUUGUUUUGAUUGAUUAGAGCUUUAUAAAUAUUUGUUUAUUUAUUAAGUUAUAUAAAUUAAUCCUGCUAAACUGGUUAGGCUUAGAUCUAACAUAAAUAAAUGCAAAAACUAAAAUACUAUAUUAAUCAAUAGGAUAUUCUAUUUUAUAUUAAUCAAUAGGAUAUUCUAUUUUAAUGUAUAGUAAACAUCAAUGAAAUAAUUUACUUAUUGUUUGUAAUAGUUAUAUUUGUUGAAAUAAGCAAGCUUAAGUCUUAGGUUUACAAUCUAGCCUUCCAUGGAUACUUUGGUUGUAAUAACUUUGUAAUUAAUCGUUAUGAAAUGCAAAAUUUUCUAGAUCUUCUGUCGGCAGCAAAAUUCACUGAAAAUAAUUGCUCCUAGUCAUAUUGUAAAAUAGACAUUAUUCACAUGGUUAAUUGUGCUUGAAUAGUUUUAAUGUUCUAGAUAAAACGCUAUCUUCGUUGUUUGUUUGUAAUAAAGUGCAAUAAUUCUUGCGUUUCUGUUAUGUAAAAUAUGGUAUUAGGUAACACUUUAUUUUUCGUCGGGAUACCAAAAAUUGACCUCAUAUUUGUAUUAGUUUUUUUAUUUUUUAUAAUAGUCUCAUAUGCCUCUUUAUUUUUAUCGCUUUAACUUUUAGCCUCUUAAAAAGGAAUUCUUAAGAGUCUUUGAGAUUAUUUUUAUCAUUUUAUUUAUUUCUAAACAAUUCUACAUUGGUACCAUUUUUUUAAUGUUUUAAAUAUAUAUAUAUAUAUAUAUAUAUAUAUAUAUAUAUAUAUAUAUAUACAUAUAUAUAUUUACUUUUAUUUUUUGACAUAUUUGAAUUAAAAUGAGCUUUUUUAUGCUUCAGGUUCUUACAAUGAACAUUCUUUCUGUUUCAGGUUCCAGUUCUUCAGUAAAAUCAUGGUGUUUCUGAGCCGUGCCCCUCAAGAAGAUGGUGAAUACAACUACAACAAACAGGUCCAGCAAGUGCUCUCCUCUAGCCAGGUCACAUUCUUUAUUCCAUCGGAUGAGGCCGUCAAUAGGAUUCCCCCCCAAAAGCUGAGUGAGCUUCAGGGUAACCUCAGAAUUAUGCUGGAUGUAAGUAAUAUAUUCAGUGAGCUUCAGCGAAACUUCAGACUUAUGUUGGAUGUAAGUAAUCUGUUCAGUUAGCUUCAGGGUAACCUCAGAAUUAUGCUGGAUGUAAGUAAUAUAUUCAGUGAGCUUCAGCGAAACUUCAGACUUAUGCUGGAUGUGAGUAAUCUGUUCAGUGAGCUUCAGGGUAACCUCAGACUUAUGCCGGAUGUGAGUAAUCUGUUCAGUGAGCUUCAGGGUAACCUCAGAAUUAUGCUGAAUGUAAGUAAUAUAUUCAGUGAGCUUCAGUGACACCUCAGACUUAUGCUGGAUGUGAGUAAUCUGUUCAGUGACGUUGACAGUAAUUUGAGACUAACAUGUGAAGUACAAAUUUGUUUAAUACCAGGUAUGAUUUCAGACAUUUGGAGUUUCAUACGUUUCUUGAGAGAAUCUUAUUUACUAUAUUUUUCUAAAAAUUUAACAAGGUGUAAUUAAAAUAACAUAAAUUUAAUAAUGUAAAAGCCGAGACUUUGUCUGUUCUGUAUAUAUAUCUACGAGAAAUAGUAAUUUUAUUUUUAAUCCCAGAUCAUAACACUGCACAUAGUCCCCAAUCAAGUACUGUACACAUCUCUUGUUAACCACAACGAAAGGUUUAACACACAGUUCAACUCAGGUGCAGUUGUCUUUAGGAAGAACUUUAACAGGGAAGCAGGUUAGACCAACUUUUUGUAUUAUAUAAAACUACUGAUUAAAAUGGUCGAAUAUAUGCAUACGUAAUUAAGAGAUAUUUACAUUUUAAGGAAUUAUAAAAAUGAGCCAUUUUAAAGCAAUACUAUUUUUAAUCAAAAUAUUAACAUAAUUUCCUAAAUUUAUUUCAUAAUUCCUUCCUCAUUUUUUGCUAAAAAUAGCACGUGGAUUUAACACAAAAAAAAAAAUUAAAAGGUGACUCGAAUUUGGGUAGACAAAAAAUCAAGAGGGCUAAAAGUGUGACUUUUAAGCCGUUAUAUUAACUUUGCUUUUAUUCGCGGCUGGCACAAUUUUUAAACGGUUAACUGACACACUUCCCGUCAACCUAACAAGCUGAAACUUGUUACAUUGACUCCUUGCUGCUCCGGAUUUACAUCAGUUGGCGUUUCGCGCAUGGAGACGGAAAGCCAUGGAUCGUUCCGAAUGGAAGGAUGUUGUGGAGCAAGCCAGGGCCCUACAUGAGCUGUAGCGCCACUGAUAAUGAUGAUUAUGUUGCUGAAGACAAAAGAUCCUUUCAAAUUGUCAGCCACUCCAGAACCUUCAAAAACAUUUUCUUUUUUUUUACAAGGGCAAAAUGAAUGAAGUAUAGCACCGCUUACUUCAUGAAGUAAAAUUCUUGAAAACUGCGCUUAAUGAGAUCUUUAAAAAAAAUAUAUGGCAUGUUCGUUUGGGGCGUAAUAUUUACUUUUAUUUUGCUGAAAUAUUAACUGAAAUAAAUCUACGGUGUAAAAUCUGGUGGGUCAAAAGAAUAUUAAUAUCUUUCAGGGGCGUGAAAAAAAAAAAAUUGCGCUAGGGUGGAGCACCAAUUGGGAUUCAUAUGAAUAUCGUUUUUAGCCCCACCUCCUAUUGCUCGCACUUACAGUUUUAUAAAGGAUUUGUACACAUUUCUUUGUUUUGAGGGCUUUUUUAAUUCAAAAUUGUUUUAUAAUCAUUUCAGUGUAGUAAACAGUAAAACGAUGAGAACAAUUUUUUCCUCAUUUUAGACUGAUUAUAUUAUAAUUUUAACGUUUGGUCAAACUCGAUAAUGAAUUUGUCCCAAAGAUUCAAAUGAUGAAUUGCAUCUUGAAGUACAUAACAAAUGCUGCAUGGAAACGGAGAUGCAUUACCAAUUAAUAGUUUGUACAAUUUUGGGUUAGAUGUCAAACGUUAAGUUCUUCUGAUUUUAAACACACAAAAACAUGUAUUCUAUUCUUCCAGUGUAUCUGACGGGCUCUUUGAAGGGAGGUAGAACUGUUACAGCAAAACUGAAUCCUGCCAAUAUAACUGUACUAAACGGAGUUGUCCACCAUAUUGAUUCUAUCCUGGGAUUUGUGUACAAGACAGCCGUUGAAGAGAUUUCCAUUGAUCCAGACACUCAGUAAAUUAGUUCUAUUUUUAGAUCCUGCCAUUCUUUAACAUUAUUUAUCUGAAAAUAUUAGAGACCGACCGAAUUUCAGCUUCGGUUUUGGCGCCAAAAGUGGUCAUUUUUAUCACUUUCGGCCAAGUUUCGGUUUCAGCCGAAACUGAAAAAUUAACUUUCGGCUUAGUUUCGGUUUUGGCCGAAAGAGAAAAGUUAACUUUCGUGUUUUUUUUCUCGGUUUCGGCCGCAAUUUACUUAGACUUUUGGCCACCCGGCCGAAAGUGAAUCAGGUUUUCGGUCAUCUAAUACUCAGUGAAAGCGAUAUUUAACAACAAACUAAGCGACAUUUAAGAACAAAUUAAGCGAUCUUUGAGAACGAACUAAACCAUAUUUAACAACAAACUAAGCGACAUUAAAAAACAAACUAAACGAUCUUGAAAAUAAACUAAGCGAUCUUUAAGAUCAAUCUAAGCGAUCUUAAAUAACAAAAUAAAGGAUCUUAAAGAACAAACUGAACGAUUUUUAAGAACGAACUAUAUGAUCUUUAAGAACAAGACAAUGAUCUUUAAUAGUAAACUAAAUGAUUUAUAAGAAAAAACCAAGCGAUCUUUAACAGAAAAAUAAAUGUUCUUUAGGAACAAACAAAAAGAUCUUUAAGAAAAAAAAUCAAUCUUUAUGAAAAAUCUAAGUGAUCUUCACAACAAAAUAAGCGAUCUAUAAGAACAAACUGAACAAUUUUUAAUAAAAAACUAAAAGAUCUAUAAAAACAAACUAAAUGCUCUUUAAGAAAAAACUGAAUAAUCUUUAAGAACAACUUAUUGCUAUUUAAAAACAAAAUCUAUGAUCUUCAAGAACAAACUAAGCGAUCAUUUGAACAAACUAAACGAUCUUUUAAUAACACAAACUAAGCGAUCUUUAACAAAAACUUAUUGAUCUUUUUUGAAAAAAGUAAAUGAUCUUUAAGAACAAACUAAAAGAUCUUUAAACAAAAACUACGCGAUCUUUAAGAACAAACUAAGCGAUCUUUUACAACAAACUAAGCGAUCUUUAUGAACAAACUAAGCGAUCUUUAAGAACAAAUAUAGCGAUCAUUAACAAAAAAUUGAACGAUCUUAAACAACAAAUUAAGCAAAAUUUAAGAACAAAUUAAGCGAUGUUUAAGAUUAAACUAAGCGGUCUUUUAGAACAAACUAAGCAAACUUUAUGAACAAAUUCACCGAUCUUUAAAAACAAACUAACCGAUCUUUAAUAACAAACUUAGCGGUAUUAAGAACAAACUAACCGAUCUUUAAUAACAAACUUAGCUGUAUUAAGAACAAACUAACCGAUCUUUAAUAACAAACUUAGCGGUAUUAAGAACAAACUAACCGAUCUUUAAAAACAAGUAAAGCGACGUUUAAGAAAAAAUUCAUCGAUCUUGAGAACCAUGAUCAGAACAACAAUUUUAAUAAACUCGGUUAAAAAAAAAAAUUUCGCCACCAAUGGGGUUGAGGGAGACUGGUCUCCGAACGAAAUAGUUACGUCGACAGCAUGGAAAGAUUAUUGUGUUUUUACUAGGUUAAAUAUUUAUACAGUGAUAUCUUGCAAGCUGUUAAUGAAAAAGCAAAGAAUUAAUAUUACGAAAACAGCGAAACAUUCUGGUGAUAUUUUUAUAGACUUAACAACAUAUAAUUAUGUGGCGAUUGGCUCUAUUAGAGCCACAAAAAUUAUUGUAGAUAUAUUUUCUAGGUUGUAAUUAUAUUAUAAAAACAAAGGGCACUUAAGAGUCAAAUUUGCAUUAAUUCCCCCCCCCCCAUUUAUGCAAAAAUUAAAAAAUGUCUCCUACCAUACUAAUUUUUAUAAAAUUGUAAAGCAAUUUAAAUUAGUUUUAGAUUAAAUUGGUUAAAACCUAAGUUUUCAUUAGUAUUUAUGCAAAAAUUAAAAAAAGUCUCCUACCAUACUAAUUUUUAUAAAAUUGUAAAGCAAUUUAAAUUAGUUUUAGAUUAAAUUGGUUAAAACCUAAGUUUUCAUUAGAUCAUGGGUCUCAAACACAAAUCAUCUGGGGGGGGGGGAAGGGGGCGCAGGAGGUAGUGUCUGAGUGAGAGUGGGCCGCAUCAAGUAUUCCACAAAAAGCGAUUAAAAUCUGCUCAAAAUUUAUAAAUAACAAAUAAAAACAUUAAGGGUUCUCAAGAACUAGGAUUCAUGUUCUUCCUCCUACUCACUGUUGCCAGAGACCUGAAAGCGCUUCUUUUUACACAGCUGACCAACUUUGGCUUGAGUGUGGAAACAACUUAGACUCUCAGUAUAGCUUGAAGAUCCUCAUCAGUAAUUUUGGCCCUGAACUUUGAAUUGUUAAAGUGCAUAGUGGAAAAGAGCUAUUCACACUGACAGGUACUCCCAAAAAGUCGUAUGUUCCGCUUUAACAACCUAAAAAUUUCAGGGAAGGUUGAGGACAAUGCAAUAAAAUGUCAAUGCUUGUCUGUUUUUCCAUUAAGCUCCCUGCGCGGUGCAUCUUGCACAUUAAAGGAGAAAGGGUCAGCAAAAAGCUGAAAAGUGGCUGUCUGUGUUUUGAAGUCUAAAAAAUGUAGAGACCCGGACUGGGUAAAAAGCAUAAGAAGAAGAUUUAGAAAGUGACCAAGCUGACAUGCUCGGAAUUUUCCUCACUCGUAAACACUAGUGGCAAUUUUAAUAUUUAUCCUUUGAUAAUGUAUCAGACGGCUCCGAUUUACACAAUUAUGUUUGUGCAUUACCCGCCAGCUUAUUUUUAAAAGUGUUUCUCAAAGCCGCAUCCUUUGCCAUGUUUGUCUCAUAAAAGCUAUAAAAUAAAAACUUUUAUUCCGAUUUGAAACGGUUCUUACCAUUAUAAGCAUCAUACAAAAAUAUAUAAAACAUUUUAAAAAAUCAGAAUUAGACAAGUCGGUGAGAUUAUUCUGAAACCGUCGCGGAGAGUCACGUUAUAGAAAUGAGAAUGGGGGAAACGCGCCUUUGCAUUAACACUAAACUUUUUUGUCAUGUAGUGGGCCGCGAGUUUGAGACCCCUAUAUUAGAUGUUUAUUUAUUAGUAUUCAUGAUUAUCUCAUUUUUUAUAAAAAGAAUUUAAAUAUUUAUACUUUCCCCAUCAUUAUCAAUGUAUGCAGAAUGUAUGCGGGAAUGAAUUUCAAAAUAUCGAAAUAUUUCAUUUUCGGCUUCGGCUUCGGUUUCGGCCAAAAGUCAUUUUAAACUUUCGGCCUAUUUUUGGCUUUGGCCGAAAUCAGAAAAUCCUUUUAGGUCGGUCUCUAGAAAAUUUUUGCACAGGUACUCGUGCAUGCACUGGUAAAAAGAAAAGCAAAUUCUUCAUUUAAUUAGUUUUUUUAUCACAUCGUUUAGUUGAAAUUAAAAUAAAAUAACCUUUUAAAUUAUGAUUAAAUGUAACUUUUUAGAUAAUCUUCUAAGGUUUUUUUACUUCAAUUUUGUGUUUCUUUCACCAUGCUUCGUUUUCAUUAUCUUUUUUCAGAAGUUUUGAGCAGUUACUUUAUGCAGCCAAGAAGGAUCUCCAGAACGCUCUGACCGCUACUAGUGGAGUUACAGUUUUUGUCCCAACCAACCAGGCCAUGCUUGCUAUAGCCAAUGUUUAUCAAAACUACAUCAACAACCAGUCACUGCUUAAUAUGGUACAUAUUUUUAUUACAUUUUUAGAAGGAUAAAAUAAAUUAAAAUAUUAACAGAUUAAUUAUAAAAAGUAGUGUUCAAAAUAAUAAAAUCCUUUUCCAUAAUAUCGGCGGCAUUUCCAUAGCAAAUACGAUAAGUGGGUGUUAUGAAAACUACUUUUAGAAUUAAUCUGUAAUGGAGGAAAGAACUUUUUAAUUUUGAUCCCACCAGUUUUCCAACAGCUCAUUUAAAAAAAAAAAAUUAGCCUGCUCUCUACUGCACUGACAUGCAAAAAACAUGUAUCUCUGUAAUUGAAAAACGAGCACCGUCUUAAAUACGUAGUCUUCCUUACUUUUUGUUGUUAUUAUUGUAUUGUUCAUCCUUCACGUGCUAAAACGACUAAGGCUUUGACUUGAUUAGAAGCAUUGACUUGAGAUGUACUUUUGUUUUAAAUUGAAGAUUUAUUGCUCGAUUUGUCACCUUUAAUCUCUCUGCUCUGCUUAUUUAAUCCAAUGUUACACGACUUAGUCAAAACGACUGGAAAUAGACCAGGGUGCCGUAGAUGGCCAGCAGUGAUUCCUGUGUCUCACCCUGCUCUUUUUGCUUUCCACGGUGCAGGAGAAGUUGUAAUUUAUAUUGUGUCAAUGUGAUACCGCCUGCAGGAGUCACUCUCUGGGUUUCAUGGCAAAGUUUGCCUUUUCUUUUGUCAGUUGAAUUGCAAGGUUAACGAGUCCCUUCCACCCGGGUUGCAGGAAUUUUUUUUUUGUGUUGCUUGUUUAGGCUUUUGCUGAGUAUUUUAUUCCAGUCCAUAAGCUUGGGGUUGUAUAACAUUAUGUCUACAGGUGUAGAUUUUUAUUUAAAGUUCAAAUUCAAACAAAUCCAUAUACCGUAUUUAUUGGCGUAUAACACGCCCCCGCGUAUAAUACGCACCUCAAUUUAAGAAGUAAAUUUCAGGGGAAAAAAACUUAACAUUAUUUUGGCGUAUAACACUCACACAUCAUUCGCCCUAUUUUUUUCAGGGAUAAAAAGUGCGUAUUAUAAGCCAAUAAAUACGGUCAUAAUAUCACUUGCAUUAGUUUUCACGUUCGAAAAUGUGCAAUUAAUUCCAUAGUUGCCGCCUUCAUACUAAUAAAUAAUCUCUAGAUAAGAUUAUUACGCUGUCAUUUUAAGUAUUAAAUUUCAGGGUAGCUAAACAAAUAGUGUUAGCUUUUGUAAACAGUAAUCGUGAUUUUUGCUGAUGUUACCCCCUAAUGCCUGAUAUUGAUUUUUUCCCUACAGCAAAAGAAGAAUUUUUCAUUUUACCAAUACGUUUUGUUUAUAUUAUUUGUUCAUACGUCAUCGUGUAACAUAGAAGCAAUUCCUAAAUGCAUUGAGAGAACUUUUUUCUGGUUUAGAUCCUGGAGAUGAGUAUCUUACAACAAGGUCAAACCAUCAACCUGAUGGACCAUUAUGGAAAUUAUGAGUCUUACAACACCGCUGUAUCAAGAUACAAUGGGCGUCUGAUUAAAGUGUAUAGUGAAGGCAAUGGUUAGUAGAUGGCACGUUAAAGUGUAUAGUGAAGGCAAUGGUUGGUAGAUGGCACGUUAAAGUUUAUAGUGAAGGCAAUGGUUGGUAGAUGGCGCUCACUUUAAUUUUGAGUGUUUUUGUGUUUCUUUUGAUUUUGUUAUGCUUCGAAAUUUUUCUGUGCUGCCCAUUUCGGUAAUUUCGCGCCCAACAUCCAUACGAGUAAGCAUGAAAUAAAAAAAAAACAUUAAACAUUUUUACAUUGUUUUAACAAAAAUGUCUUUUUUUCUUUUUAAACGGAAAGAAAAUAUUUCUACUUAAAAUAUGUGAUAUCAAAUCAUGUAUACAUUAAGAAUUUUGCUUAAAAUUUUAAGAGUUGUCCAAUAUUUUCAUAGAUUCAAAAUACAAUUUUAAAACUUAAUCUAACAAAAUUUAAUGAAAUAUUAAUGUGUUCAUUAUAAUGUCAAGAAUUGAUGUUUCCAUUUUAAGAUACUUGGGUAGAAGGUGGCUAUGUGAAAGCCAGGGUCAUCAAGCCGGACAUCGGUGUGACCAAUGGCGUAGUCCAUCAGAUUGAUGCCGUCUUCGGCGUACCAACGCGAGACAUUGUCUACACAAUCUACUGUGAGGAUUGGCUUGUGUAAGUAUUGCAAAUAAUAAAAUGAUGAACUAUUGUCUUACAAUAAAUGAGACAUUAGCUUGUGCUGAAAAUGCAUAUUUAUAAACAACAUUUUUUGUAAGAUCUCUGCUUUGACAUUUUUUUUCCAAAACAACAAUGUUUUAAAAAUGAGAGAAAUGAUUUAAGUUUAUUUAAAAAUGAGUAAAUGUUAUCCUUAGGAAUGUGAUUGAGUAUAUUACAUUAAUAUUUUUUUAAAUGUUUUUUUUCUAAUUACAUAAUCAAAAUUUAAGUUAAAAAAAUUUUGAUAAUUAUAAUAUUUAAAAUAAAUGGGCAAGUUGGUAUUCAUAUUUUGUAAAUUACAAGAGUUACAUUUCUUUCGUUGAUGUUUUCUUAGUGUAAAUAUUUUUUAAAAAUACAAACAUUUAGGGAUUAUCUUAAAUAUUUAUUCUCCUUGUUAGGAUCAAAUAACUGCAUUGAUCUUUAAAUGGUGUAUUUUCUUGUUUAUUAAUGUCAAAUUAUGUUGAUAUAUUUAAUAAUAUAUGUAUACUUAUAUAUAUAUAUACUGUAGAUUAGGCGUACACUUUUCAUAAGCAGAUACUCAGAAGUCGAUUAUUCUGUCGUUUCACAAUUAACCUACCUUUCUGGAAGAUUACUUGCCAUAAAUUUAAGUAGUUAAUUAACUAAUUUAAAAAAAAAUAUAUAAUUCUUGCAGUAAUGGUUAAAAAAUUAUUUCAAAUGAAUAACCGACUGCAUUUUUUUUUAUUCCUGCAGUAAUAGCCGAAAGAUCUUUUCAAUUUAAUAACUAUUUUUGCAUUUUGUUAGUUUUAAAUAAUCAAAAUUUAUUUUCUGAGUGCCAUCCGCAUUUUAUUUUGUUAUACUAGUUCGACGUACAUCCAGCUCCGGUAUGUAGGACUGGAUACGUACUUGAGGGACCCAACAUUGACGAAAAACAGAGAAUGUCCUUUAAGUGCGAGUGCCCAAGCUGGCAGUUCUGCACCAAGUGUUGGCCUCACAAACACGAACCAAAAUGGUCAAUUUGGAGGCCACUGUGGAGACGGUCCGCAAAGGUUAGUGGUGGAUAUUUCAUGAAAAAAUGUGUUGUUUUUGUUCUCUUUACGAGAAUUAUAAAUAAUAUUAUUAUCUUAUUAGCAUUAAAUAAUUUUUGUUUGCUUCUGACAUAUGCACUAAUCUUUUCUAAUGUCUUUCAAUACUUGACUGUUUUGUGACAAUCAAUAAUUUCUUCAUUUUACGUUAUUUUACAGUUUUUGAUUCUUAAUAACAUAAUAAUAUAUAGUUUUUUUGUUUUUUUUUUUAAUAAACUUUCUUUUGUUCCAGAUGUGAGUUUACAUUUUUUGUACCCAAUGGAACGGCUAUCGACAAUUUUGCCCUAACACCAUACGGGAGACAAAUCAUGAAUGAUCCUGCGAGGUGGAGAUGGGUAAGUUGGUUUUGGGGGUACUCAUUAAUAUGUCUACGCCGGGCUAAUCCGAGACGAUUAACGAAACUAUAGAUGAGUAGCUCAUACACUGAUCUCUGUAUAAUUAUGCAUAAUCAAGACUGAUGAUGGUUAAAAUAGUAUACCCCAUAAAAGUCUGAAACAUGGUUUUGAUACCUUUGAUACCGUUUGCCAUCAGACCCUUUACAAAGCUCUUGAAAAUUACUUUGGGGUUUCUGGUUCAGUUUUGGCUUUAUUUGUAUCCUACUUCUCCAAUUCAAUGUGGGCGGUAUCUUUGUAUAUCUGUCUUUCCGGUUGGUCAGACUUGAGGACGGAGUGCCACAGGAGUCCGUUUUGGGUUUCGCCUUAUUCACAAUGUAUACCAGGCAACUUCUGCUCGUGUUGGAUGGAGCAUGCUGUUGAGAGCCAGUCAUUCGCAGAUGACAUGCAACUAUAUAAGCAUACCCAUCCUUCUGUUGUAAAUUCUGUUAUCCACACCUUGCAGAAGGGCUUUGGUGAAGUAAAGUCAUGGAUGGCUCUUAGCAAAUUAAAGAUAAAAGAUGACAAAAUGGAAGCUCUCUCCAUUCACAAUCAUGAAUCAUCCUCUAGCUCAGCCCUCCCCAAUCUCGUUUCAUGUAAAUAGCUCCAUUAUAGUUUUCACAUCAUCUGCUAGGAACCUUGGUUACAUUCUUUCUGACAACAUGUCUCUAAAUAAUAAUAUCUAUCACAUUGGUCACUCAGCGUACACAGCUAUCCGUCAGAUCAGCUCCGUCCGCCCCUACCUCACUGUCAGCUCAACAAAAACACUAGUCUGUGCUCUUGUUCUCUCUCGUCUAGAAUAUUGUAACUCUCUUCUGUCAGGCUUAGGAAAACAUUACAUAGAUACAAUGCACAAAGUUCAAAACUCAGCUGCUAGGUUAUUUCGAAAGGAAAAAAAAACAUGAUCAUGCCACUUCACUACUUCUCACACUUUCAUUGGCUCCCCCACAUAGACACGCAUUGAUUACAAGCUGUCUUUACUCUGUUACAACCUUUUCUCUGAUUCCUGCCCUUCCUACCUUACUGGAUUUCUAACUGUCUAUUCACACCUUCGAAACCUUUGUUCCUCCGCAGACUCGCGUAUUCUUUCUGUUCUCAGAACGCGCACCAAAACGUAUGGUGAACGAUCUUUCUCUUUCUGCGCCCCCAAACAAUGGAAUUCUCUCUAUCCGUAUUAUGCUUACAAUACAGGCAUUAAAAACUUCAAUCAAAACACAUCUCUUUAAACUCUACUAUUCCGACUGAUUCCCCCUAUUUCCGAUAAACGACGCAACUGGUUGCCGUCCAUGGCUUGAUAUGUAAAAGAUCUGAGGUGGGUGGUGUGAAUAUAAUUUUCUUUUUCUUUUUAUAUGGCUGUUUUAAAUUUAAAUAAAUGCAAUUUUAUUUUUUAAUGUCGUGAUUAUGUUUGAUAAUAUUUUUUAUGCACAGCGUAGUGAACCCAGUUCUACAUUGGGCAACCGCGUUACAUGAGAUCACUAAUAAUAAUAAUAUUGGAAUUGAAACUAAAGCACAUUUUUUUGUGGGAUUAAAAUUAAAUGUUUAUAAACGAUGUAGCUUUGGACUUAAUAGUAGCUCGUGCCAGAAUAAUAAUACAAAAAUUAAAAGCGGCAAAAGUCUGUUAAAUACGUUAUGUCAAAAAAGAAUGCAAAUAAAUUUGAGAUUUCGUUUUUUUUUGUUUUUUGUUUUUUAUUAGCCAAGGCAAAUUAUCACAUUAUUCUUAAUAGCAGGAGCUUCGCUUUAUUUUAGGAUUUUUGUGUAUCUCUUUCGAAAAUAAAUGUAUAAAUAAAUUUUAAAUAGCUCCGCUGGUUUCUUCAGGCUACAGGGAGAGCAUGUCUUUCAUCCAACUUUUUUAAUACUUUCAAAUUCAGUUAUAUAAUACAGUAUCCACACUCCUAAUGAUCCAACCUUAUUUUGUAAAGAAGCGUUGGAUUUGAUCAAUUAGAUAUAGAUAGAUAUUAGACAAACCAAAAUUGGUAGAAAUCUGACUUGUCUUGGAACUAUUUUAACCUAUUUGGGGACCAGAGGCGAAGCGAGGGCGUUUGGCACCCGGGGACAAGAUUCGCGCCCGAGGACAAGAUCAAUUUUAAAGCGCCCCUUUCUUUUUUUCAACUCUCAAACCCAUUAUUUUUACCAAUAAUAUAAUAUCAACGCACAUUUUGGCGCCCCUAACUAGCAGGCGCCCGGGUACAUCUGCCCCCCACCUCACUACGCCUCUGUUGGGGACCAAUGAUCCUUAACGAUUUUCAAGGUACAACUAUUCGUAUGCUUGAUUGCAACAGAACCUACAAUGAGCUAAAAUACCAUGCAACUUAGAAACUUUUAAAGUGGUUAAUGUGCUAUUUGUGGCCGUUUUGAAAUUGUACGCUGUAGACACUUGUUGUUUUCAGUUGUUGAGGAGAUUAGUAAUCUACGGAGAAAAAAUCUAUGUAGAUCAAAUGGCUGCAGGUGCAUCAAAGAGCUUCUACGCAGACAAUGGAGAGGAAAUCAUUGUACAAACUGACUCAAGGAGUAACAUUCCCAGUGGACAGAGAAGUGAGUAUAACGUACCAUGCAACAUAAAUAAUUAAUAAUAUGUAUUAAUAAACGCCCCCAAAAAUGCAUAUUUAUCUUGGUUCUCAUUAGUUACAAAUACAUAUUUAUAACCAAGGAUAAAGAGAUAUAAACAGCGGCGUCCCUUCUCUGCCUAAAUAUAUCUAGUAUUGUGCUAUAUCGGCGUUCUAGCGACAGGAAAUGAACAGAGUAAUAGAAGCCACUGGGGAACACAGCCAUAUGUUAAAUAUUCGUGCAACAAAGACACAUACGAAUAAAGAUGAAGACCAAAUGCAGGCAAAUAAAUUUUAAAAUCUUCAUUUUAACCAAUGCCAGACAUGGUUUAUAUAUUAAAAUUAUAGAUCGAAAAAAAAAUCAACUGAGAGAAGAGAUGUUUAAGGCGAGCAGCUGGUAAAAUGAGAAGAGACCAGUUUUCUAAUAAGAAAAUAUGACAAAUGGUUGGCUUACACAAAUGAGCCAGUACCGGUUUAAAAGCAAAAUAACUGCCAUGUGCGCCUAGUAAGAAUCACCCCCCCCCCUCACUUUGUCUGCAUUGCAUACCUGCCAACAAUAGCAGAAAGUCGGUUUUAGAGCUAGCCGUAGAUUAAAUUUGUUAUUCUGAACACACUUAGUCCACCACAGGAAUCUUCUGCAAGAUUCUCACCUUCUGUCAGAGCGCCAAAUGUACACGCCACUAAGUCUCCCCGGUAAUACCUUAUACGAAGAAGGAGAUGAAUAUAAGCCAUAGUAAAAGAAGAAGAUAAAUUAAAUAUAAACCACAAUAAUAAGAAAAAGAUAAAAUUAAACCAUAAUAAGAAGAAGAAGAUGAAUAUAAACCAUAAUGAGAAGAAGAAGAUGAAAUUAAACCAUAAUAUAAGAAGAAGAUGAAUAUAAACCAUAAUACAAAAAUAAGACGCAGAUGAAUAUAAAGCAUAAUAAGAAGAUGAAUAUAAACCAUUUUAAUGAUAUUAAAUGACUAUAAACCAUAACAAUAAGAAAAAAAUGGAUAAUAAACAUAAUAAUAAUAAGUAAAUGAUUAUUAACCAUAAUAAUAAUAAUAUGAUGAAUAUAAACCUGAAUAAGAGGAAGAUGAAUAUAAAGCAUAACAACAGUAAACGGAUUGUGAGUGAACUCCCCUGAUUUAUUCUCAUUGAAGUGAGAGAAGUUUUUUUAUUGUUAGAUUUUUUGGUGGAGUUGUGGUCAUUCAUUAUAAAAGUUACUUUAUGUUUUAUACAAUGAGAUUAAACUCUCUCUAUUCUCCCCCACCCCCCCAACUCCAGUUGCCUACAUCGUGUUUGAAGGCAUAAGAGCUCAAAUCAUCCACUCUGACAUCGGGGCCACCAAUGGCGUUGUUCACAUCAUCAGUUCAUUACUAUUCGUGCCAGAGGACCUCGGCCGUGACAUUUCUCCCCCGACAAGUUCAACUGAGGAUACAAGUACGCCAUAUAAUGGAAAAGAAGAUUGCACAGCGGUCCCAUUAGCAUUAAUUUGUAGCCUACUGACGUUUAUUGCAUUUACGUGAUAAGUUUUUCCUCUAGGUAUUUUGUUAAACAGAAAUCAGUUGUUUGUUUUUUUCAUUUCAUUCAAUUGAUUUCGUCUCAGUUCUAUGUGUUCACUGAAAAAAAAUAUAAUUCCUUUAUUGCUUUAUUAUUACUGAAAUGGAGCCGACAAGUGAAUGAGAAUUGCAAUGUAUGAAUAAAGUUAUAAACUGCAAGUCUACUAUAUUAUUACUCUGGAUGUGUUAGCAGUUGUGUCAUAUUUUAUACUUUAGGUAAUGACGGGCUUAAAAAUGUCCUCUACGUUUUUAUGUUCAUGGCUUGACAAUUUUCGACAAAAUCUCGAUGUCCAUAGUCUCUAUAAUUUUACUUUUCCACUUUUUUAAGGUUUUGGGAUAUUACUAACAUACUUAUGCCUUUUUAUCCCACCUUUAUUUCCAUUCAUCUCAGUCCUGUGCUUUCUUUUCAAAGUUGCUUCCAAGUGGACCCCACACUUGGUGUUUCUGCUUCUAGCUGCGUCGUCAUAUUUUCUUUCUUUCGCCUUCCUCUCUUUCUUUUCCCCAUGGAUCCCGUGAUUGUCAUUGUCUUAAUAUGUUUUCUGGGUGUGUACGAGAAGCGUUCCCUAUCCGCCUCGAUCUUUUCCCUUUGACGUCUUCAGCAAUGAUCUCUUGGUAUGUCCUUUCCAGUAAGUCUUUGAUGUUAAGGAUCUACUUAUGGGUAUACUAAUAUAAAUGUACACAUUGUUUGUCGAGAUCCCUUAAAAAUAUAUUUGUAAAAAUUGGUAUAACAUUAUUUUAGAGAAAGUAAACAUUUCCUUUUCACAACUGUAAUAUUAUCAGCUUUAAAAAUAGUUUUAACAAACAAACUUAACCAUCAUCUUUCCUCCGCUGGAAAUGUGUUUUUGAACAAAGUUAAAUACAUGAUAUCAUUAGUUUAAAAAAUAAAUGUAUAUAUAUUAAUCCAAAGUGUGAAACAUAAUUAGCCGAUGAGAUAUUUCUAUAUUUAUCAAAUACGCUUAUCUUUACACUGGCGUAAUUUGUGGUCUUGGCCAAAUCUAAAUAUACCAACCCCAUCUCCCCCAACAAUAAAUAUUGUAUUAAGCUUUAAAUAACCAUAAAUAAAAGAAUCCCAGUGAUUUUAACACCAUUAUGUAGAUACCGCACCACUUUUUACACUCCCUUAUUGUAAACAAACAUUAUAAUGUCCCACCCUAGUUUUUCCACGAAAUGUACUAUAUUUUCUGAACAAUAUAUAUUUCAAUGCUUUUAAAAUAUCUUUUUUUCUUCCUUUUUUUUUUUUUCUUAAGUUAGAGAUUUUAAUUUAAUAUAUGCGUCCUGAUUGUUGUUUUUCUUUUCUAACAAUCUCGAUUCCACGACAAUGUGUUUCGUUUCUUUAGACUGGAGCUAAAUAUGUUGGUUUUGAUAUUCAUGUAUUAACGACGUAUUAUUACACCGACAAUCUGCUGUUUUGGGCUCGGUAUAGGGACAUAUUUAAAUGGUUAGUUUGUUGAACUGGAAAUUUACAUUCAGUUAACUAAAUAUUUUCGGUGCAGCACUCCAUGACUAUAACAAAACUAGGAAGUCUAUUUUAUCCUCAUAUGUGUGCUAAAUGACUUGGUAACACAUUAAGAAAUACAAACCAAAUUCAAAUGCAGAAAACAAAAUAGUAACAUCGUGAAACUAAAACAACAAAUGGAAAUAUAUCCUGGCAGGGGUCAAUUCGUAUACCUCUGAUUAGAAUGACAUCAAUUAGCCAUGGUAGGUGUCAAUUCCUAUUAGUCUUAUUGGGAUAACACCAAUUAAUUAGGCAUGACUGUUGAGUUUUUCACCUGGAAACGACAAACAAACAAAAAAAGAAUUAUCUGAUAGCACCAUUCCUAAGUUACCUUGACAGAUGUUGUGUGAAUUUUUGUAUAUAUUUCGAGGACCUGGUAAGAAGGUGGUGGGUGCAAAAUUCAUUGUCAUAAUCUCAUAAACAUAAUUUAAACUACUUAUAAUGCUUUCCUGUCUCCCUGGGAUAUCGUACUUACCUACCCACCUGGUUUAAAUAAUCUUCUUCCCAACUUAAUUCAGUAAUAUCCUACCAAACAUUUCAAUAAUCACCUACUGACCUGGUUUUAGGACCAUGUCAGCAGCCUCAAAUCUGCCAUAGACGUGACUCAUGUCUUAUCAAUGUAGGCACCAGGCGCUGUGGGUAUCAGCGAUCAUCCUAACAGCCUUUAUCAUUGCUGGUUAAGUUGUGAAUGACGUCAUCUCUGUGCUUCUCACUGAUGGAGAUUAACUUGUGUCCGUGGAUGUGAAUGGCGUGAAGAUCCGGCUUUUAAAAUUUUGAAGAUAUAGCUUUAAAAAACAAAUCACGUAAUUAUCAUCAAUUUUUUUUUAAAAAUAGCAAUAAUACUUAAAGUUCAAAAUGACGGAAAUGUUUAGUUACAUCUUGCAAUGAAUGAUAAUUUCUUUUCAUCAAAUAAUAUUCAGUUUAAACUAGAUUAUCGUGAUCCGACAAAUUUGUUUUUGUUUUUAAAUUAGUAAUUAAAAUAUGUCGACAUGUUCGUGCAAUUAAGAAUAAAGGGGAAGACCAUUGCUGAAUGUUAAAAUGGAAACAGGCAGUCAACGUUUGAGUCGUACACUUAUUACCUUGAUGGUAAAGUGAUGAGAGAUUUUUUUAUUUUAAUAAAAAAAAGAUGUUCAAAAUAUAACUGUCACAAAAGCGUGUUACAACAUACCAGUAUUAAAAUCUGGAGUUUACUUUUAAUGUAGAGCUUAUAUUAGAGGUGGCAUGAAGAAG